UGUUGUCAGUGUUUGUUUGAGCGAAUAUUAAAGGUGAAGCUUCUGUAUAUCUCGAACAUUGAAAAAUAAUUUGAAGAGUCUCAACUCUUCAAAGACAAGGAAAAGCAGAUAUAGAUCAAAAGAUGUGGAGUCACAGACUGAAUCACCACCACAUAAUCUGGGGGAGUCUUCUUCUGCAGUUGCUGGUUGUCUAUGUCAAUGUGCUUCCAGCCUCCAAUAUCAGCUUGCGGACAUUCAUUGGCUGUGCUGUAAGAGAGUUCACAUUCCUGGCUAAGAAACCAGGAUGUAAAGGAUUGCGAAUCAACACGGAUGCUUGCUGGGGACGAUGUGAAACCUGGGAGAAACCAGUCCUUGAUCCUCCAUACAUUGAAGCACACCAUCGGGUCUGUACCUAUAACGAAACCAGGUUCAUCACAGUGAAACUACCCAAUUGUCGGGCUGGGAUAGAUCCAUACUACACGUAUCCUGUAGCAAUGCGGUGUGACUGCGGUGUCUGUUCAACUGCCACCACUGAGUGCGAGACUCUGUAAAAUCUCCAGUUUUACUUGAAGCUGCAAAACAAACAUCACAUUAAAGUUUUUUAUUUUUUGGAGAAUUUUGA